GUGUAAAAGCGUUUGCUUUUACAAUUCGCUUUGUAUAUAAAUAAUAAAGAUUUGGGAAAUCUAAAGUGUAAUGCCGUUGGUAAAAGUAAUCGGCGCACAGCCAACCAUCGCGGCGGCGGCCGCAGUAGCGAUUGAAGCCGCCGCUUUUAACAGACAGCAACUGGAUGACAUUCCGGCUGAAGCGCCAAGGAAAUACAAAUUACCAGUGGUGAAAGUCGAAGAAGAAGAGGAAAUUCAAUUCUUUGGUAAAGUUCCACUGUGGCAGGACGACACGCCGGAGGCUGUACUCGCCGUGCGUAAAAUACACACAGACUUCAUCGUUGAGGUGCAUCUGCACGCGCUUGGCUACUUGGUUGUGAGCAUCAGUCAGUGGAUAUUAAUAUAUAAAAUCGACGCAAUUACCAAUUAUGUGAAAGCACACUACUGUCUCUCACUGCUGCCAUUCGUGUUGAGCUUCACAAUGCUGAUCACGUUGGUAUUCUUUUAUGACGACAUAACGAAGGGUCGACAUAUGGCGGUAUUUUAUUGCUAUACAGUAAUAAUGCUCGAACUUUCCAGCGUCCCAGUAGCAAUGCCAUUGUCAUCGUAUAAAUUGACGCAAUUGUCGUGUUCGGGCUUCAUAUCAACAGUUGUCAUAGUAGCAGGCAUACUGAUCGCUCAUGCGAAAAAAGAUUAUUAUGUAUAUAAGCCGGCAUUUAUAUUCGCUUGGACUUGUCGUUGUUUUUUAGUCGCCUCAAUGGGUAUUAUAGUUGGAAUUUCACUGAAAAGUCCUUACUUCGAUGUGGUUAUGACAUUAACAAUGACAUUUUUCAUGUCGCUUUACAUCUUAAUGUGCGCGAAGGCCAUAAGCAGUGCCGAGUUCAUUUGGAUGGACACAUAUGGUCCACAUAUGUAUGGCACGUUGUUCUACAUCAAUUACAUGACGCUCUUUUCGAUGAGCGUCUUACUCUUUGAGGAACUCGAUGAAGCAAUGAAACGCCAACACCAAUAGCCAAGUACAAAAAAGGAAAAGAAAUAGUGUAUAAAGUUCACCGAUCCAGCUUCCAGUUAAUGAUUAUCUUUACGUUCACUUCAUUUUUUUCUUCUUGCAAUUGUAUACAAGAAAAUUACGUUAAAAUUUGCACAAAAGUCAAACAACAGCUGUUCCAUAAAUAAAUAUGUAUGUUCCUCAAGUAUAUAAGUAUGUGCGUAUAUAUAUUUUUUACAUAUUGUAUUUUGUCAUGCCAUUUACUAUUGAGUAAUAAACGCGUUUAAUGUUUUCCAAAAUGUUGCUUAAUUUAUUUUUUGUAUGUGUAUAGUUUACAUUUUGUAAAUAGUUGUUUGUUUCCUCUCAUAUACCGUUAGAAUAUGUAUGUAUAUUAUGUAAAUACUUCGAAAACGCUAAAAUCAACACUAAACUAUUUUCUGUUUAAGUAAAUAUACAUGUAUAUAAUUUUAUAUAUGUAUGUGUACUCUGUAUAUGCAUAUAACAGCAAUAUAGU